UCAGUAAAUCACCAAAAAAAAAAAUUCACUCUCAUUAUGCCUUUAUAGCCACAUUGGCAUUGUGUGCGGUCAGCGCCCUAGCAGAGAAAAGCGCCACUAUGGAAGCCAUUGCCUAUAUGGAGGGCCCCAUCGUGAAGGGUAAUGUUACAUUCAUACAGAAUGGCUGCUCGGAGAAUGUUCAUGUGCACGUCUACUUGACUGGAUUGGAUCCAGGCAAGCACGGUUUCCACGUGCACGAAAAGGGCGACCUAACAAAUGGAUGUACCAGCACCGGUGGACAUUUUAAUCCCGAUAAGAUGGAUCAUGGGGCGCCUGACGAUGAAGUGCGCCACGUUGGCGAUUUGGGCAAUGUGGAGGCCGAUGCGAAUGGCAUUGUUGAUACCACUUUCACCGACCACUUGAUCAGCUUAACUGGCAAGCGUACCAUCAUCGGACGCGGACUGGUUGUGCACGAAUUGACCGAUGAUUUGGGCAGGGGUAGCCACCCCGAUUCGAAGAAGACUGGCAAUGCAGGUGGACGCUUGGCUUGCGGUGUCAUUGGUGUUAAGUAAAUAUCAGAACAAAACAAAAAAACAAAACCACACGCCUCUACUUUGUACACGCUAAUUGUAUGAAAGCUUCAAAUCAAAAUAAGUAUGGCUGUAUAUGUCAUUGUUGAUUUUAACUGUUGUACUAUUGUUGUAACAUGUCAAUCAUUUGCUUAAACAGCGCCGUAGCGCAGUGAAGCAGGCUAAUGUAUUUUUUCCUUGGCUUUUUAUUUUCAUUUAAACUGCUAUUAUUUUUGAUUUAUUUUUUGUCGAUUUCUCUAGCUUCCUUGCUCUCUAUUUCAUUUUGUUCUAUUUUUUUCUGUUUUAUUGUUUACACGUUUUCUUCACUAACCCUUUCUUGCCUUUAAAGUUUGAGCAAAAAUUUAUGUUUUGCUUAUCAUUUUGAUAUGCAACGACUUUAAUAAAUUAAUGUUUUGUGGUUAACCAAAUCGGCCAAAUUAAUAUAAA